AUGGUGCAGCAGGCGGCGUGAGUGAUGGAAUCAGGUGCUGAGGACGCGUCGACACGCGCGCGACAAAUGAAAGCUCGGACCCCUUCUUGGUCAACGCGCGUGUGCGCCUUGCGCCAGCUGCCCGCGCGCUCCUUUGCUGACUGGCACCCGUUUUGGCAACGCGAGCUGGUUAUUGCUGAAGAUGAGAUCUACUGGGGUCCCUCCAUCCGGGCAGCCAAGUCGCCACCCCAACCAGCCCUCACCCCAACAAUCGAUCUGCCUCCUGUGUGAUGUGCCUCUCGGAAGAACCCGAGUGCCUGGCCCACCUCGCGGUCGGCUGCCCAUCUGCCCGGCGUCUCUGGUCUGCUCUGUCCCCGACCCCCCACCCAGUCUUUGUGGACUUUGUAUGUCCGGUCGUGUCUCGCUCGGAACGUCGACUUGUCGAACUACGAGUCCUCUUCUUUCACUCGAUCUGGAAGCUCUGUCGCCGUCGCCGAUUCUCGUCGGAUCUUUUGGAACCGAUCACCGAAACGGACUUCGAGGGGCUUCGAGCCUCUAUUCAGGAGUCCAAGGGUCGCCUAGUGUCUCUGUAA